AUGGAUACGACUCUACGGAUGUUGUACAUGGGGCGGGGAAACAGGUUGUAUGCGUCGCCGGUCCAAGUGGCAAAAGGAGAGACGGUCAGCCUGUCCAGUAUUCACGCCAUGAACCAGAAUAUCUUUCUCGUGGUCGACACUACCGUCCCCAUCCCAAGAAUCCCCAGGAAACAACUCGAAAACGGGAGUCCUCCUCGUCCCACCAACAAUCGUGCGAAUCAGAAUCGCAUCAGGGAUACCGGAAUCGAGAUCGCGCCGAGGGCAGAGGAACCGAAGUCGACCAAGGGCCCUGUACCACCUGACAUGGACGAUGUCCCAGAUUGGGUGAAGGCAGAUUUGGCGGAAGAGGCCGUGCCCAUGCCGAGCCCAUUGAAGAAGAGGCUCUCGGGUUCCGAUGAACGGAAGAAGAAGAAGCCUGUCUAUGAUCCUUACAAAAACAAUCAACAACCUUUACCCCAGUCCCCAUUCGAAAUCCGAACUGAAGAACCACAAGGGAAUGAUUUGGUUAGACCAGGAUCGUCAAUAAGUCAAAAACAAGCUGCCUUCGAAAGGGACAUGGCGGAACUCCGAGCUCGAAUAGAAAGCAAGAACUCUCCCCACAAAGUCGAGAUUGGAGAAGUAAGGCAAGCUUUCCUCAACAAGCACGAGGAACCUCAGAAGAAUCCGAAAUCCAAAUGCCUCAUCCAGUGAAGGAAAAGGACUGGGAUCGGAAGCCAUCUCAUCUCGUUACUGUAAUUAUUUUUCUUCUUGCACAGAUGAAUCAGCCACCAAAGAAAGGCAAACGAGAACGAGGAGAAACUGCACUCUAAGCAAUGAAAAGCCUUUGGGGAUGUUGAAA